UUUCGUUGGAUGGAGCCAAUUUCAACCAACGGCCAAAAUGCCACCGCCAGCACCACCAACUCAUUCUCCAGUUAUCCCUAGCACCACCCUCGCCGCCCCAUUCCUUCCAAAAUCACCCGCGCCAGUCUCACCACUUCACCUCUCCCCCACCCCGUCCCCUCAUGAAACCAUCGCAGUCUCACGCCGACGCGCAGCCUCUUUGCUCUCAAUUUUAACUGUCCCUCCUCUACUUCUUUCAGUGCAUGACCCACCCACAGCUUCCGCAUUCUCCCUCGGCAUCUCAGGACCGAAGAAUUGGCUGAAAGAACAAAAGAAGAAGUCGUCCAAAUUCCUGUUAGCUCCGGUUGAUGCUUCUCGGAACAUCCUCCGCUCUGCCUAUCUUCUAAUGACUAAGGGUGAAACGGAGUAUGAGGAGAAUGACUUGGAAGAAGUUAAAAAGUUGGUGACAUCUGCUACUAGAGAUUGUGUGGCUGAACAAAGGAAUUCAUUUGUGGCUUUCCAAGCUAAGACUGGAGUAGAGGUCUGCACCUUCCGGUUAAUUGUGAAAAAUGCAUCUUCUUUGCUUGAUGAUAAAGAUCCCACAAAGUUAGAAGCUGAAUCCAAGCUCACUGAUCUGAUAAGAUCGUUUACUUCUCUCAGUGAUAUGACCAAUGAAAUAGAUGGUCAAGCUGCUUCAAACAGGCAAAGAGUUGCAAAUGCUCUUAUGGAUGCAUUAUAUUCCCUUGACAACUUUGAGCAGGGAAUCAAAGAUUGCCUUGAAAUUUAAUGUUCAGAUACUGGAUUCUGAAAAGAAAAAAGAGCAAGAAAGAUUUUAACGGUGAAUCGCUUAUUAAAUAUAUUGCAAAGAGGAGGUCCAAGAAUGUCAUCGUUGAAAGUUGGGGCUGUUUUUUAUUAGUUCAAUUUCGUGUUUCUUUAUUUACAUCAUGGUUGAAAGUUGGGACUGUUUUUUAUUAGUUCAAUUUUGUCUUUCUUUAUUUAUGUUCUCAUUUUGUGACAAUAUGUAUAUUAUUCCAGCCAAAAUCUUAGUGCAAACUGAAAUGGUUCAAAAACAUAGACUGGCUUAUGCCCCUUAGCUUAUGAGCAUCUGACAGGUAAUUUAGUAAAUGCAUUGCUUCAUUAACGUAUUUACUUUGGAAUACCUACUUAUACCUACUAACCUCUUAACAGCUAAUGUGUGUAAAAAUGUGUUAUUAUUUGAUGUUAUCUGACCAAACAAAUUAUACUGAAUAGAAACUGACUUCAAAUGUUACAAAUAUGGUUUUUCUUUUUUAUUUUUUCAUCAUACACCUGCACACAAGUUGACUGCUUUCAUUUUUCUUUGCUGUUGAGAAAGAAUUUAAGAUGGUCAGGUUGGCAGAGAACGUAAUCUGACAUGUUAUAGAAGUCCAACCAAUAAUAAAGAUGCCAUGUGGUUUCCUAAGUGAUCUUUGCUAUGUUGUCAAGAACUCCG